AUGGAGUUGUCCUUGCUCUCUAAUUUAGAUCUUUUAGACCAAGCUCUACCUGCUGACCUCAGUCCUAAGAAUUCUUCAACGAAGUCACACAAGCGCUCUUCUAACGAUGACCCCCCCCUCAAUCUUCAUGUUUAUUGCAACAAAAAUUUUUCGAAAAAAUUUUCAUGCCUACUGCAACACAAAAAUUUUUAUAAAAAAGAAUUAAUGCAUUUUUCUCUAGGUGAGUUUCUCAAAAAAACCAUAAACAGCGCUGCUGUAGGCGUCAAUGACCUUCUCAUCGAGAUUUGGACGGCUAUUAUCAUUGCUCGCCAUUUUAUUAAACUUAUCUAGCUAAAAAGUACAGAAAAAUUUAAGAUGCGAAUCUAAAAUUUGCUGCAAGAGGAUUAGGAUUAUUAAGACAGGCGCUAGCCAUAUUGGUGACACAGUCACCAAAGACCUCCCGUGCAGAAGGUUCUACCGCUUUUCGAUUCCAGCCCAGAGGGCCUAUUCCUCUUACGAGUGCCCUUCCGGUACCUUCUGUCUCCUCCUUGCCUUGCGGCUUCAGUUUUGAGUGGGCGGCUUAUGGAUUUCUGCGUCCGAUUGGAGUAGCUUGAUUCCAAGGAUCAGCUCUUAGAGUCUAUCGGGUGUCAAAGUACCUUCCUUCGACAGCUACACGAAAAAGACUGUUCCCCUGUGGCCUGGGCAAAAACCCCAGUUUCUCAGUAGAGGAAUGCCCAUGGGUCCUCGGAUCAAAAAGACGUUGUUGAGUGCAUCUAUUUCCAACCACAGGAAAGCAGCCAAAACCUGCCCGGAUAUACACUUCUUGAGCCUGCGUCUGAUUCUCGGCUUGGGGUCCGUCCCAGUUCGCAUUAGCCAUAAGGUCUGGAAUGCUGCGCCAAGAGGGCAGGCUGACACGUGUCGCCAUUUUAAUAUAUAUAAUUUGUUGCAAGAGACAUGAAAAUUAUUAUUUUUUUAUAUAAAAUUUUAUAUUAAAAAAAUUGCAUUUUUGUUGCAAUAGGCAUGAAGAUUGAGGGGGGGGUCAUCGUUACUAUUUCAGGCAAUCAACAGUCAAAUUUAUUCGUAAAAACGCUGAAUCCUCUUUCUAACAGAUUUGUUAGAGAUGUUUCUCCGUUGGUAUAUAGAGACUCUCGCAUAGCGAACUCUAAGCUGAAUAAACAUGAAAUAAACUCGAUUUUUAUCAACUCAGGAAGCUCAGUUCUUCGUCCACCUGAAGAAGUUCCUAUUUAUUUUCACUGAAAAUCAGUCUUGCCAGCACUUUCCUCACAAGGACUUUCGCAGUCAGCAACUCCAGAGUCUUUUGCCCCAAAGUUGACAUCAAUUGAAAAGAAAAAUAAAAAAAGGCCAAUUGUUCCUCGAUUUAAAAAGCCUGAAAUUCAAACGGUUGAAAACCAUAAUGAUACAAAAAAUCAAACAAGCCGAAAUAUCAAUGUAAUGGGAGUAACAACACCGAAGCACAAUCGAUAUAAGCAUUUAAGGGCACUUUCUUUGCUAAGUGAGCUUGCAAAUUCUAUUGAAUUUUCCAAAGAGAUUACAAACAAGCCUCCUGAAGAAACAACAAGGAAUUAUAUUUUAAAACCAGUCAGUGCAGAGAACACUCAAAAUAAUCUGGAUAAAGUCAUAGAAGAAACGCAGAGAAGGACUCUUUUAAAACCCCGAAAAAAAGAAAAAAAGCUGAUAAGCUCGACAGAAGUUUCAAUAAUUGAUGAUAAGCAGCUUAAGGAAAGCACAUAUUUAUCCUUCCUGGAGAACUUAAGACUAAGUAAUGGAAUUUCUCUUCCCCACUCCGAUUUAAGGUUGGUAAAGUUUUAUCUCGGCCCUGGCAAUAACUCCCCGAUGAUUUCUUGAAUACUUAGAACUCGCCCAUGAAUGGCAAGAGCUGAAAGUAGAAAAGAAGCCACGCUAGUCUGAACUAGUAAUAUUCAUAUGAAAACAAUAAAAAAACUACCAUUUGCUGAUUGAAAAUAUACUGUUUUUGUAAAAGAUAGAAAAAAUUCGAAAUUAACCAGAAAAAUUGAGGCAGAAAAAGAAAGGCUGGGAUAUUCAAAAAUUUUGCAAGCAGAAAAAUUUUUGCACAUAGAGCCAAAAAGAAAUAUUACUAAUAGCGAUCUUAAGAUACAUAACCAUCUAGAAGGAAAUAGGCAUUUGUGCACUAAAAAGGGAUUAUUCAAAAACCUGAAGCGAUAUUAUGAGUCUAUUGGAGCUAAUCCUUUUGAAGUAAUUCCUUUAACGUUUCACAUAUCUAAAGGCUUGGAUUAAAUUAGAUUAUAGCGAGCCACUGGGAAUUUAUUUUAGCUCCUCUCCAUCCUGGCUUCAAGCUUGAGCAUCCCUAAGCACCGAUGUCAUUUCACACACCUUUUUCUCUCAACAUAACUAAAUGGUGACGUCUGCUGUAUCUCGGGGAGAAUUACCCAACUAUACUUGGGUCUAACUCUACUACAGAGGACUUUCUUAGACCUGGCAGUGCUCAGGACACAAGGGAAUUACCUAAUACCUCUUUCUGGGCUGCUCUGCCUAGAGCAAGCAUCAGAUUGUUCCCAGAAAGUUUGAAUUCACUUUCGCCUUUAGUUUGAUCGUCUCUGUGGGACAAGGAAAAAAGCCUGCCUGGUAGCCCGACCAGGUAAAACCCCCUCCCAGCCUUCCAAAAGGAUAUAUUCCAACUAACUAAGACUGGGAUCAACUCAGGUCCUAAGUCUUCUCACUAUUAUUAAAAAGCUCUAAAGACUUGGAAGAUCCUCAAUUUAAACUUUUUCAAGACUAUUUUAAUAAGUUUGAAUCAGAAUCACAGUCGAAAAAUACCAAAAAUAUAUGAAUUAUUAAGCCAGGAGAAGGAACAAAUCGAGGAAAUGGUAUUAAAGUGUCUUCAUCCCUUGAGAACAUAGAAAGGCUUUUACAUUCAUAUUCACAGAGAGAAUCAAAACACACUUAUAUUAUCCAAAAAUAUAUAGAAAAUCCAUUACUCGUUUAUAAGCGAAAAUUUGAUAUAAGAUGCUUUGGAAUGAUUACGUGCAUCAAUGGAUGUAUCCAAGGCUACUUCUAUGAAGAUGGCUAUAUAAGAACCUCUUGCAAAGAAUACUCUGUUAAAAAAUUAAGCAACCGUUAUAUCCAUCUCACCAAUGAUGCAGUCCAAAAAAAAUCCGACGACUAUGGAAAGUUCGAGCCGGGAAAUAAGCUUUCUUAUGUAGAAUUUCAAGAGUAUUUAAAUGAAAUUAAUUCUGGCAUUAAUUUCGAUGAGAAAAUCCUUAAAAAAAUAAGAAACACCAUAACUGAUACUUUUAAGUCAGUUUAUAAGAAAAUCGACCCCAAAAGGAGACUCCACACUUUUGAGCUGUUUGGAUAUGAUUUUAUGAUUGACGAAGAAUAUAAUGUAUGGCUGAUAGAAGCCAACACAAAUCCCUGCCUGGAGCUUAGCUGUGCCUAUCUCUCGUCGCUAAUUCCAGGACUUAUAGACAACGUCUUCAGAAUAACGGUGGAUCCACUUUUCCCAGUCGAUCCAAAAAAGCAUCCCAACUGAAUCGCAGAUUCCAAGAUCCACAAUAAAUUUGAGCUGGUUUUCAGCGAAUACAGCGAGAACUAA